GCGCCUCAUUCAUACUUUCUGUUACAUCCUACAGCUAGCAAUAUGAGCGGAAGAGGCAAAACCGGAGGCAAGGCCAGGGCGAAGGCAAAGACACGUUCAUCCCGUGCCGGACUCCAGUUCCCCGUGGGCCGUGUGCACAGGCUGCUGCGCAAAGGCAACUACGCCGAGCGUGUGGGCGCUGGCGCACCAGUGUACCUGGCCGCAGUGCUCGAGUACCUGACUGCUGAGAUCCUGGAGUUGGCCGGCAACGCUGCCCGUGACAACAAGAAGACCCGUAUCAUCCCCCGUCACCUGCAGCUGGCCGUCCGUAACGACGAGGAGCUGAACAAACUGCUUGGCGGCGUGACCAUCGCUCAGGGUGGUGUGCUACCCAACAUCCAGGCAGUGCUGCUCCCCAAGAAGACUGAGAAGGCCGUCAAAGCCAAGUAACAUCGCUACUGCGGCUGCCACUUGACUACUCAACCCCCAAAGGCUCUUUUAAGAGCCAACCACCUAGCUCAGCAAAAGC